GGAAAAAACAGUGAUUGCACAUCUGUCAAAGGGAGAAGCACACAUUAGGCGAGCAUGGGGGGACUCUCUUGAAUUGGAAUGGUUUCCUUCCCAAUCAAUAUAACCUGUGCCAUUUUAGGAUUGGCCACGGUUCCUCCAUUGGUGAGGGGUUCGGGGAGGGGCGUCCUGUCCGGACGGGAAUGGCGGCUGGGUUGGCUAUGCGUCUGGGGCGCGCGAGGGAUGGGGGUUUAACAGAAUAAUAUCCAAUAAUAAUUAUUUUUUCGGUUCCUGGACGUCUUCUCCGUGGCGACAUGGAUUUAAAAGAUACGUUCUGUCAAGGAGUGAAAACAGAGGAGAUGACCAUCUCCUUGCCGGGACCAGAUGUGACCACUGUGAAGAUAAGAGUAUCCCAGAAGGACCCUGACAUGGACUCUAUCAGCAAGGGUGUGCAAUACCAGGGUUCAGGGCCUGUCAUUACCAGCCCCAAGUACUGCCCAGGUGUCAACAACAACGGGGGGUACCUGUGUGAGAGCGGACACUGCUGUGGCGAGACCGGCUGCUGCACCUACUACUACGAGCUCUGGUGGUUCUGGCUGCUCUGGACCGUCCUGAUCCUGUUCAGCUGCUGCUGUGCGUACCGGCACCGGCGGGCCAAGCUCAGGAUCCAACAGCAACAGAGGCAGAGGGAGAUCAACCUCAUCGCCUACCACGGGGCAUGCAACUACCCCACCUCCAUGCUGGACCUCAGUUUCCUGGCCUCGCUUAAGCUCCCAUCCUAUGAGGAGGUUGCCGCCCGGCCCAACACGCCGCCUCCCCCGUACAGCACCGUCUUCGCCCUGCAGGGGGGCAGCCAGUACGCCCACGCGGGCCCCAGCGGCCUGGCCUCCUCUCCCAGCUCCGACAACUACACCAGCUGCUCCUGCGAGUCCUGCUCCGCCACCUCCCCCUGCAGCACCUCCUUCUCCGUGCAGGUGACCGACGAGACCGACACCAGCAACGCCACCACACCCAGCGAGGCGGGAGACUCCCGGCCGCCCAGCGCCACCGACGCCCCCACUACCGCCACGCCUGUCCCCUCCCCCCUCGCCCCACCCCCGCCCCUACCCACACCCCCGCUCCCCCUCGCCGACCCCCUGGGGGCGCUGGCGGAACAGACGGAGGAGGAGGAGGCCCCCCCGGGGGCGGAGCCAGCGGAGGAGCAGCCGUCCCCGAAGCCCGCCCAGUCUCCACCCAAACACGCCCUCUUCUCCUCCAACGUGGACUUCUUCGAGCCGGAUGGCCACGCUUCCGAGGGCGAGGCCGAGGACGAGGACGCCGACGAGAACCACUUCCGCCACCGCCGGCUGACGGGCGACUCUGGCAUCGAGGUCUGCCGCUGCCAGGUGGAGAGCGAGGAGGAGGAGGAGGAGGAAGCAGCCCAGUCGCAGACCCCGCCUGAGGGCUGCGCCAGCCUCUGCAGCUCCGCCCCCAUCCUGCAGAGGGGCGGGGACACCGUCAUCACCGUGGAGACCGUGUGA